AUGAACGUCAGAAGAAACUGCGGGUAGCGACAUCAGGCGAGUUUGGAUGGAGUUAAUCUUGAUCAAUCUUGAUCUGAUUCAUCUGAUUUCCUGAGUGUAGCAGAGAGACACGCGAUUAAACGCAAAAACUGACAAGUAUAAAUAAAAUUGUGUGUAAAAAAGGUAUCUGUGUCGUAAAUGGCGUCGGCUUAUAUUAAGGAUGAGCAAGGAGGUAUUUAAUAAUUUCUCAGGAGGCACAUUCAUCCCUGCUAGUCAACGGCCAGAUGGUACAUGGCGUAAACCACGUAGGGUAAAAGAUGGCUAUGUACCUCAGGAAGAAGUUCCACUGUACGAGAGCAAAGGUAAACAAUUUGUUAAAAACUUGCCAACAUAUCCUAUUGGUAUGAGCCCAGAAUAUGUGGCAGCCCAUAAGGCUAAGCGUGAAGCUCAAGUAAAAACUUCACUAAUUCCUGGUUUAAUGAUUCAAACGGAAACCAAAAAGAAGAAAAAGAAGAAUAAGAAUAAGAGUGUGGAAUCAGUGAGCAAAGAUUUAUCUAAAACUACAAUAUCUGAGCGUGAAAUGAUUAGUAAAUCACCUGUCGAAGCUAGUGUGGAUCCAACAAAAAGAUUGCGAAACCUCAGAAAGAAAAUCCGAGAGAUAGAGGCCUUGGAAUUAAAAAUCAAGAAUGGAGAUAUCAAAAGUCCUGAGAAGGAAGUCGUUGAUAAAAUUUCGCGAAAAAAGGAAAUCCAGCAAGAAAUAAAACAGUUCGAAGCCAAACAGUAGACAACGUUAACUCAUUUCUACAUUGGUACUUUGUUUUGUAACUUGUGUCACUGAUUCUGUGGAAAGUGAGCAUUACCCAAAUCCACUGUGUAGCACUGGCAUAGAGACAUAUUUUACUGACUUUUAUUUUCUCUCGACUCGAAUGGCAUUUUAGUGAAUUGUUCGAACAUUUGUCCUUUGUAGAACGACUCGACAACCUAUUGAACUGUACAUUUAUACGUGAAAAUUAAAUAUAAUUAUUACUACUUUUAGCGUGUCGCAUUAAAAAUAUUUAUGAUCGUAGUCGCACGUUACGAACACUGCCUCAAUAAUAAAAUCUUUUUUUAUAUUAAUAAUUUACAUAAUUUUAUAAUAUUCACCCUGUUGUAUAUACGGUAUACAAAAACUCAGAGUAUCUUCACAGUAAUUUUAGAUUACAAAGAACAAUGGAAUUUCGGUAGAAAUCCAACUGGACGCUCUAACAAAAAUAUUUAUAAGUUUUUUAUGACAGACAAGUGACACGACUGAAAUUUCAUAAGAGAUGAUUGCUUGUUGCUGCAUAAAAUUAUAUGUAAUACUA